GGCCGAGCGGCAGGAGUCGCGGGAAGACAUUGGGAGCCCAGUGUGUGUGAAGCCUACGCUGCCGUCCGGAGAGACUCCCGUGUGGGACGUGACCAACUGCUCCCUGAUGGACGGCCAAGUGGUGCUCGUGUCCCGGGACCCUGAGGCUGACGGGAGCCGCGCUCGCUCCAGCAGCUGUGCGUCGAACCCGAGCUUCACUCCGCUCCAGAGCUGCGAGGAUCCCUCAGGGAAAAGGGGCCUUUCCAACAUGGGGACACCGCGGAGCACUGAGGCCAGCAAAGGGCCAGCAGCAGCCAAAAAUGUGAAGAACAUCAUCAUGAAGAGACUGAAGAAAAAGAACCAGAUGAAUCCAGACCCGACCCACUCUCCCAACAUGGACAAGCAGAGACGCUUCACCAUGCAGAGCAUGAGGGCAGCCUCCUACGAGUCGCUGAGUGGUAUCCUGAGCCCGAUAGAGACACUGGAUCUGAGCAACGAGACCGGAGUCAUCAUCAGACCUCUGCACAGCAGCAUUCUGGGCGAGAAGCAUUGCUUCGAGGUUAUCCACUCCGGAGGAAGCCAGUGCUUUGGAUGUGCCUCUGCCGCAGAGAGAGACACGUGGAUUGAUAACCUUCGCAGAACAGUCCAGCCGAACAAGGACAAUUGUGAGCGAGUGGAGAACAUGCUGAGCCUUUGGGUGAACGAAGCUAAGGACCUGCCGACGAGGAAAAAAUAUUUCUGCGAGGUUCACCUGGACUCAUCUCUGUACGCCCGCACCACCAGCAAAGCCAACACCGAGAAGCUGUUCUGGGGGGAGCACUUCGAGUUCAACAACCUGCCACAGGUGGGGGAGCUCACUCUCCACGUCUUCAGAGACGAAGACAGGAAGAGGAAGGACGUGAGCGCCCUGGGCUCCCUCACCAUCCCGCUGGCCGAGGUCACCGGCCGCCAGCACGUGGAGAAGUGGUACCCCAUCAACGUCCACCCUCUGCAGAAGGGCAAGAUCGCCAGCCCCACCGUGCGGGUCAACCUGCGCUAUCAGAACAUCAAGGUGCUGCCCAUGAUACACUACAAGGAGUUCGCUGAGUACAUCACCUGCAAUUACAUGCCUCUCUGUACGGUGCUCGAGCCCUCGCUCAAAGUGAAAGAUAAGGAGGAGGUGGCCUCCGCUCUCGUCCACAUCCUGCAGUGUACCAGCAAAGCCAAGGAGUUCCUGAUCAAGUUGGGGAUGUCGGAGGUGGACCGCUGCGAGGAGAAACAUUCUGUUAUCUUCAGAGAAAACACGUUGGCCACCAAGGCCAUCGACGAAUACAUGAAACUGAUUGGACAGAAGUAUCUGGUGGACACACUUGGAGAUUUUGUGACCAAACUGUCCAGCAAUGAAGCCAGCUGCGAGGUGGAUCCCAGCAAGUGUCCGGUCAGUCAGGUACCCGAGAACCAAAACCACAUGAGGGCGAGCUGCGAGGAGGUUUUCAAGCAGAUCACGGACUCUCACUGCUCGUUCCCUGCGGAGCUGAGGGAGAUCUUCGCAGGCUGGCAGCAGCAGUGCAAGCAGAAGCAGAAGGAGGACACGUGGCAGCGGAUGGUGUGCUCCUCACUGUUCCUGCGCUUCCUGUGUCCGGCCAUCAUGUCUCCCAGCCUCUUCAACCUGACCCAGGAGUACCCCGAGGACACCACCGCCCGCGGCCUCACCCUCAUCGCCAAGGUCAUCCAGAACCUGGCCAACCACACCACCUUCGAGGAUAAGGAGGAGUACAUGCACUUCAUGGACGGCUUCUUGGAGUCAAACCGGGAGAACAUGCAAGCCUUCCUGGCGCAGGUCUCCGGCGCGGACCACGACACGAGCUGCUCUCCGUUCGAAGGCUGCAUUGACCUGGGCCUUGAGCUAUCAACCCUGCACUCCCUUCUCUGCGACAUCACCACCAACAUGGAUCAGCAGUCCCUGGACAAGCUGGAACCACUGCCCGCCAUCCUCAACGCCAUCUCCGAUCCCAACGCUCCCCGUGUCCAUCACCAGCCCUUCAAUAACGCGGUCUCUCGCUGGAACUAUUCCCGGGAGGAGAAGCCCAGCUACGUGGCCCCCAAAGACGUGCAGCACUUCAGCUCGUCGAUGCUGAACCUGCCCAAGUCUGUGGUGGAGGAGUCGCGCUACGCCUACAGGGAGCUUCGCGCCCAGGGCCAGCGACAAACCAGGGUGCAACGCACGCAAAGUGUCCCAGCGCGGGUCAAACCCACCGGACCUCGCAAACAGGCGAGGCAGGACACCGUGCUGGAGAGCGGGGAGCACGGCACGGACGACGACAUGCCCACAAACCUGCCCGACAGGCUGUGCCACACCCUAACCAGACCGCCGAACUCGCUGAGAUCCUCACACUCGAACAAGCCGGGCUCCAUCCCUUACAGGGUGCAGAAGCACACUCGCCUCAUAUCUGUGGACUCUAUAAGAAAGUCUCACGUCCCCUGGGAGAUGAACUGUGAGCAGGAAGGUGGGCCCAGGGAGCAAGUGAUUGAUGAUUUCAAACCACAUGAAAAGGUAAGUACAACUACACUGUACCCGGGGCUCUGCGCGAGUUACCACGUGUGA